AUGAUCAACCUGAAUGUGGAUGAUGAGGUACAGUUUGUGAGAAGAACUCUGAAAGUCAAAAAGCCUCGAUUUGAUGCAUCUCUGGUUUAUUUGACCCGAAAAUUCAUGGAUCUUGUCAAAACAGCUCCAGAUGGCGUCCUUGAUUUAAAUGAAGUAGCAACAACUCUUGGAGUACGAAAACGAAGAGUGUAUGACAUCACCAAUGUGUUGGAUGGAAUCCACUUAAUUCAGAAAAGAUCUAAGAAUCUUAUCCAGUGGGUAGGUUCUAAUCUUGACCAAGUUGUUGGAAAAGCACCAGAGCAGCAAAACCUUAAAGAUGAACUUUCUGACUUGUCAGCCAUGGAAGAAGCUCUGGAUGAAUUAAUCAAGGAUUGUGCUCAUCAGUUAUUUGAACUAACAGAUGACAAAGAAAAUGCAAAACUAGCUUAUGUGACAUAUCAAGAUAUCCGUAGCAUUCAGGCAUUUCAAGAACAGAUUGUGAUUGCAAUCAAAGCUCCAGAGGAAACCAAAUUGGAAAUACCAAUUCCUAAAGAAGAUUGCAUAGAAGUACAUGUGAAGAGCACAAAAGGACCCAUUGAUGUGUAUCUAUGUGAGGUGGAACAGGAGAAGCCAGGUGCCAAAACUUUUGAAGAUAUGGAUACUGUCACUUCUGAAACUGAGCCAUCAGUUCCUCCUGAUGAAGUGAGACCUCCGGGGGAAGAAAAAAAACAAACCACCUGAGAUGAUGGAUUAAUUACAACUCAAAAAUCUAAUACAGAAUGUAAAUAUCUCUGUUUUAGAGCUUU